AUGUACUUGAGUUGGGCUGAUUAUGGAGUUUUAAUAAUACUCUUAUGCAUAUCGAUCAGCAUUGGUCUUUAUCAAGGAUGUAUUCGAUCCAAACAGUUGUCUGCAGGCGAAUUUCACAUUGCUGAUGGUCGAAUGGGGGUAUUACCUACAGCGAUGAGCCUUUUAGCAAGCGUUAUGUCAGCCGCAACUCUACUUGGAAUUCCUUCAGAGACGUAUCAAUAUGGGACUAUGUAUUUGUAUUGUAUUUUCACUUUAUGGAUUGCAAUAUAUCUCAAUGCGUAUCUAUUCAUACCAAAGUUUCGUCAAAUUGGAAGUGCCAGUAUUUAUGCUUAUCUUGAACAACGGUUUUCGCUGUCAGUUCGUAUCGCAGUGACAUGUACUUUCAUUUUUGUCAAUAUUCUAUACAUGGCUGUUGUUCUUUAUGGACCGAGUUUAGCAUUGAAUCAAGUGACUGGAUUGAAUAUGUGGCUUGCAGUUGGACUGUGCGGAUUUGUUUCUACGCUGUACACGAGUAUUGGUGGAAUAAGAGCAGUGAUUUGGACUGAUGUUAUACAAACGAUUAUGAUGUUUAUCGGUGUCAUAUUGACGAUUAUUUUCGGCUUCAUAGAUGCUGGUGGAGUAUCAAAGGUGUUUGAAACAAUAAUCAAUGGAGAUCGUUGGCAACUUUCAAUUGUCACUCUCGAUCCUACCGUUCGAUAUACAGUCUGGAACAUGAUAUUCAGCAAUACUCUAUAUAAUACAGCAUUAUUUGCAUGUCUUCAAACACAAGCACAAAGAUAUUUGUGUGUUCAUAGCACAAAAUCAGCACAAAAGACUGCUUGGAUCAACUAUGGAAUGUGUGUGAUGAUGGUUAUUCUUUGCGAAUGUGCGGGAUGUCUGAUCUAUGCAAAAUAUCAUCGAUGUGAUCCGCUUCGAGCUAAACUUGUUUCGAAACCAGACCAACUCUAUCCACUAUUCGUCAUGGAGACAUUGGGGCGAAUUCCUGGCUUAACAGGCCUUUUCAUAGCCUGUAUUCUAAGUGCAUCCCUAAGCACAUUUUCAAGUGGAGUCAACAGUAUAGCUACAGUCGUCUUUGAAGAUAUCUAUAAACGAAUAUCGAACAAACACUCGGUUUCUGAUAGACAACAAGCAAUGGUUUCAAAGUUUUUGUCUGGCAGCACUGGCCUUUUCAUCAUAUUCUUGGCCUACCUUGUAUCUUUCAUGAACAGCAAUCUUAUUGUAAUUAUUUUCCAAUUGAUUGGUUCCUUCGUAGCACCUAUUCUAGGUCUCUAUAUACUUGGAUUUUUUGCUCCACGUGUCAACCAUCGAAAUGCUCUUGUUACAUUUAUUCUAUGUCUGAUACUCCAAACAUUGAUGCUUAUUUUCGGAAAUUUUACGGGGAAACAAAGAAGACCUGGAGGACUAUUACCAACUUCAGUUGCUGGAUGUUCACCAUUAUUGAAUGAUCAAAGCGAAAAGAAUAGAAUGGAUUUGAUACUGUCAUUAGUCACAACUCGGGGUACAGAAUUCUGUCAAUGUCUCCUGUGUGGUUCGAAUGAUCCGAGAACGGUGGACGCAUCACUGUUGUCUUCCUUCAAAGAACUUCUCCCGUGUUUUCAUGUACUCAGAAAAAAAACGACAGAUGCAACAAUAACUCAUGAAGAGAAAGAUAUCGGUUUGGAUGAUCAUGCAAUCGAACAAGAGAACAUGCUUUAG